CUAUUACUACUGUUUCCACAAAACCUGGUAAGUAAGUCUGUUCACACAAAAACAGACUAUGGAAAACAAAAACCAUGUAAUCCGCAAAUCAGGGUUAGUUUAGUCAACCCUACCCCCAUUUAACGAAUACAUCAUCAUCCAUACCAUGUCUACUAUAAGUAUCUCCAUAUCUUUUCAUGGGAACUUUGCUCAACAAACAAACAGUUCCUUAAUGGUAUCAAAGCUGAGAAAAGAACAAACAAAAGCUGUAAAAGACCAUUUAGUCCUUGAGAAGAUCAAGAAAAGUUUCACAAUUUGAAUUUUAUCCCGAUUAUUCAGAUAUAUGCAUGAAAUCUAGCAUUAAAAAAAUUUGGGGUUUUGAUUGAAUUAUCAUUGAUGUAUGUAUGGUUUUAGGGUUUCAACAAGGAAAAAAUAAUGGAGACCGCUGAUUAUUACUAUCUGCAACAAAACCAGCAGCAGAGUUGUGGUCUAAUGCGGUAUCGGUCGAUGCCGGCCGAGAACCGUGUCGGGUUCGACGAGUACGGUAGCGAUUUUCGGUCAUCUUCGAGUUCCGAAAUGGAAACAUUGUUCAUGUUGUGUGGUAAUGGUUCAUCAGGGAAUGUUUCAGAAUAUGAAGAGAAAUCAGUGAAGCAAGAAGAGGAGAUGAUGUAUCAAAUUCAAAGCUUGCCAUUGGAGAAUGUUGAGAGUUCAUUUGGUGUUGGUACAAAUUUGGGAUUGGAGAAUUCAAUGCAAAGAAAUGGGAAUGGUUCAAAUCCUGUUAGGCAAAUCAGUUCUCCAUCUCAGUUUUUCUCUAGCCAUGGCCUUGAUAAUGGUUUUAAUGCAACCAGAAAAAUGACUACUUUAAGGGCUUGCAAUGGUAUCAAUGGUGAACCAACAUCUAGUGGUAGAUUGUAUAACCAUAUCAGCUUCUCCUCUGCGCCAAUGCCUCAAAUAGCUCAAGUUGAGAAUGAAGACUUAGCAAGCAAUGGUAAUGGUAGAAAUGGUAUGAACUUCAUCCCCAACUUGAUGACUGAUUCAAGGAAUAAUGCUUCACUUAGUGGGUUGAAAAGAGCCCGAGAGAGAGACAGCGACUUGUUGAGUGGUUUAAGCCGAUUGCAAGCUCGGAACCAGGAUUGCAGAGACUGUUCUACUGCUUUAACACACCAGUUGAGUUUACCUACAACCUAUGAGGAAAUGGAUGUUUGGCAGUUUCAAAGCUCGGUCCCUUGCAAGAUUCGAGCAAAACGAGGUUGCGCUACUCACCCACGUAGCAUCGCCGAGAGGAUGAGAAGAACAAGGAUCAGUGAACGAAUGAGGAAACUGCAAGGUCUUUUCCCGAACAUCGACAAGCAAACGAAUACGGCAGAUAUGUUGGAUAUGGCAGUGGAGUACAUUAAAGAUCUUCAGAAGCAGGUCAAGAUAUUGAGGGACACUAAAGCAAAAUGCAGCUGUUGAAGCAAAAAAUACAGAAAAUAGAUAGCAAUAUAAAGUAUCAAAUAUGGGGGGAAAGUGAAGAUGUAGUCAUUUGUAAUUGUAAUUGUAAUGCAAUAUAAUGCAUUGAAAGAAUAAUAGGGUCUUAGAUUAGAAUAUCAUAGGGUAGGAAAGCUUUGUGACUUGUGAUUUUGAGUGCAAGAGAUAUACUAUUGCUAAA